UGGCACAUCAAAAUAUGACAUUGAAGACAUUUUUAAUACCUAUUUUUAUUGUGUACAUAAUUUUCUAUAGCAUAAUUGAAUUUGUGAUUUUAAAUGUAAUCUAUCAUGUAUAUUUUUCCAUAUUUUGUUUUGAUAUUCGUUAUUAUAACUACAUUGGAGGAAUCAUCUAUGGGUAAACGAUGGAAGCCAUGAUAUAAAAGAAGAAGCAACAUAAUCAGUUAUACAGUUAUUUGAUAAUUUAAUUAUGUUAAUCCAUAUUAACAUGAUAGAAAUAGUUAUUCGAUGGACGAACAUUACUGGAAUGAUAUAUUGAGUUCAUUAUAUUUAACGAUAAUGGAUCUAAUUUACUCGCAAGUUCUUGGAAAUCUAAACAGAUACAUAAUGGAGUCGCCGUAUGUAUCGGCCCACUGGCUCUCCGCAUUCGUUCUUCUCUGCUCUUUCUUCUCCACCCACACGCUCAACACUAAGAUCCAUGAGCACAUGACACCGGAUGAACUGCAACACGUCUUCCACGUGGAACACCACAGCAGAGUGCCAGAAUACCACCUAGUUCAACUAACCCACCACCUCUCCAGGCGGCACAUCGCUACCUCCCAUUCCACCAACUCCCACAAUGCUACCUCCAGCAAGAUACCUCACGAAAAGAACUUCAAAGAGAAGGCACCGAGCCCCCCCUCCCUUCUCAACGACGAAAUGUUCGUCAAAGUGAAAGAAUACAUCAAAGAUGUGGACAUCAUUGGAGAUCUGAACAAUACAGUGAGCGUUCGGUUCGGUGAUAAUUCAAGUGUUAGUGAUAGUGAAGGUGUUCUCAGUGACAAGGUGCAUGCUGUGGAGGAUCAGGAUCUUGAUGUCCAUAAAAUUGAUCUGGAAGCGUUCGGUCGGCAGUUGAAAUUGGUUCUGAAGAGGCAGGAGGGGCUGUUCAAGAAGGACGGCCUGAAGGUGUGGCGGGCGCUGAAGAAUGAGUCUCAGCCGCAUGGCGUGGACUACGAGGAGAUGGCUACGGAAGACGAAGACCUUGGCGACUUGUAUCAGGACGAAGAGAAUGGAGCCGCGUUGCUGAUCAGGCGGCAUCCGAAACACGGGAAACUUAUGGUGGAAGGUUCAAUCGGUCACGACCUGGUGAUCCGUCCGAUACCGGACUCGAUGACGGCUGCGGUGCAGGACGACGAAAUGUUCAUGGACCCGUCCAGCAUGGCUGACAUGGUUUCCAUCGACACCGGCCUGCCGAUAUUAAAGAGAAAGCGAGAAGAGCAGCAGAGACUCCAGCGGGCGCUGAACGGCGCUCACCACGUCAUCAUCAAGCGGGAUCCGGCGCAGAUCGACCACUUGAGUGACUACGCAUUCAUGGAGCCAGACCACUUGGGCAAGAGGUUUAGGAAGAAACGUUCUACUGAGACGCACACGAGGCGGAAAAGGGAGGCACCCUAUGUGAUAUACCCCGAAAUUCUAGUCAUUGUCGACUAUGACGGCUACAGGUUACACGGUGGCGACAACGUUCAAAUCAAGCGAUAUUUCGUUUCGUUUUGGAACGGUGUCGAUUUGCGUUACAAGCUGCUGAAGGGGCCCAGAAUACGCAUAUCCAUCGCCGGCAUCAUUAUAUCGAGGGGUAGAGACGCCACACCCUACCUCGAAAGGAACAGGGUAGGCCGCGACGCUAUAGAUUCAGCCGCCGCGCUCACUGACAUGGGCAAGUAUCUGUUCAGGGAGCGACGGUUGCCAGUCUACGAUAUAGCUGUUGCAAUCACCAAACUAGACAUGUGCAGAAGACAAUAUCCGAACGAAGCGUGCAAUAGAGGGACAGCAGGAUUCGCGUAUGUGGGCGGCGCGUGCGUAGUGAACAAGAGAUUAGAGAAGGUCAACUCCGUUGCCAUUAUUGAGGACACCGGCGGUUUCUCUGGAAUCAUUGUCGCUGCUCAUGAAGUUGGACAUUUACUAGGCGCAGUGCAUGACGGCAGCCCCCCUCCCACGUACCUCGGCGGUCCAGGAGCUGAGAAAUGCCAGUGGAAGGACGGCUUCAUCAUGUCUGAUCUCAGGCACACCGAGAAGGGAUUCAGGUGGUCGCCAUGCAGUGUGCAGAGCUUCCAUCACUUCUUAAACGGCGACACGGCGACGUGUCUGUACAACUCGCCGCACGAGGACGACUCGCUGCCGCGCGUGCUGCCCGGCCGCCUGCUCACGCUCGACGCGCAGUGCAGGAAGGAUCGAGGCACCAGCGCGUGUUUCAAGGACGAGCGCGUGUGCGCGCAGCUGUUCUGCUUCGACUCGGCGAGCGGCUACUGCGUGGCGUACCGGCCCGCCGCCGAGGGCUCCACCUGCGGCGACGGACAGUACUGCAUCAACGGGAGAUGUAUAACGGAACACGAGAACAUAAUCCCGGACUACUCGCAGCACACGCCGAGCUACGUGCGGCCCGACGCGAGCUACUACAACAACAUCACCAGCUACGAAGCAUCCACACAAGCGUACGUAAGCACUACAACCCAACAUUCAGACUACAAAAGCACAUCUAGCUACAAAACAACAGGAAUAUCGACAACCGAAGACGCAUUCAAAUACUACUUAACAACGAGAAAACCAUACGUGUUCACACAAACAACGAAACUCACAGAGAGACCAGUGACGUUCCUAUCGAUAAAUAAAUUAUCGACAACCAAAAAUCCGUACGAUUUCAAAGAUUUCACCACGCCGUCGCCAGCGACUACGAAGCGUGGCUUCUUCAAGAAGGACGAUUUGGACAGCUUCUUCGGUAGAUCUACGACGCGAAGUUAUCAGGACAAGGGCGUACAGCCUGUGUUCAAAAUUGGCACUUAUUACACACAAAAAUCGAGCGAUAAUUCCAUAAGACCCGAUGCGAACUCGCAGCAAGUUCAGAUCGAACCGGCACGGUUGGUCGCGUCUUACCAAAGGAAUCUGACGGGCGGACUCGUCCCGCAGUAGAUUUACGAUUGCCGCCACUAACCUAUCGAGUGUGCCGCGCUUUUAAGACUGCCUUCCCGACGGCGUCCCGAUGCAGUCCCCGUGCAUUCGGGAACGACGUCCCACAAUUGCCGAUAUCCCGUAACUUCUGCAACGAAGCUUAGUUAUGGGCUGACUAGCCAGGGGAAAUCGUAAAGGUUACCUGAUUCCCCUGGUCUAGCCCCAACAAAAUUAGGUUACCAGGGGAAUGUUUGGGAUCUCGUCCGAAUAUCUUUUAGAUUCCCCUGGCGCGACCCAUGCUAGUUGUAAAUAUUAAAACGGGUGUUAUACGGUCGUGUGCGUGUCUGAAGACGAUGUCGGACACAAAACAGUGAGUGAUAUUACAAUGUGAUUGUGUUUACGAACUUUAAGUACGCUAGGUAUUAAUUUUUAAAUUGUCGGCGGUGGCAAUGGAUGUAUGAAAAGUGCGAUUUAUCGAUAUUUUUAUCGAUAGUGGUCACAACUCUAUUCGUAUCGAUUGUGUAAGAAUCGAUUAUGUUUAAAAUUGGAUUAGUUUUAUGUAUUAAUAUGACAAUGUUUUACUUUAUAAAAUGACAUUACAUAAUGAAUCAUAGGGAUGACAUCGUAUACAAUUUUUAUACAUCCGUUUCCACCCCAUAGUAUAAUAGUAUUGCAGGUGAUACACCCAAAUGUGUUGGUUUUUCGGAAUUAAAUAUGAAUACUCCUUUUACUGUAAAAAUAGCGAUGUUCAAUAAAAGAAAACUGCCACAAAGUGCCUUUUAUACAGUAGUUAAGAAUUUAAACUUAAGUAAAACAUAUUUUGUUAAAAAACUGACUACGACUGGUUCGCUGUCUUCUGAACAAUUAGGUAUAUAUAUUUUUUUUAUAAUUAAGUUGUCUUUCUGUACUCCAUAUACUGGAUUUAAAAUUUUCGUUGUUUAGUCUGUUUUAUGUCUAAAAUUAUUUAUGUGACAUAGCUGUAAUAAAGUUACCACUAUGAAUAAAAACUAUUUUGGUGUAAAAAAAAAUCUUUAGUUUUUUACGAACGACCAUGUUACAUCACUUGCCUUUGACAUACUAUUUAUUAUAUAUUUAUGUAUAAAUUGAAUCUUUCCUCCAAAUUGAAUAAAUUUAAGAAAAAUAUAGAAAAAUAAUGAAUA